ACAAUAGCGCUGCCCCGAGCAGGAGGAAGAUACACUACUCGCUCCUCUCCGCUCCGGACGCAUCGUUAGCUAGGCUAGCCGAGUAGCUGUUUGUUUUUUUUGCCAACAUGUCUACCACGACCGGCGGCGGGGAGUUCGGCAACCCUUUACGAAAGUUCAAGCUCGUCUUCCUGGGCGAGCAGAGCGUUGGGAAGACCUCGCUCAUCACCAGGUUUAUGUAUGACAGCUUCGACAACACUUAUCAGGCAACAAUUGGCAUUGACUUUUUGUCAAAAACCAUGUACCUAGAAGAUCGCACGGUCCGACUCCAGCUUUGGGACACUGCUGGACAGGAGCGUUUUCGUAGCCUAAUUCCCAGCUACAUCCGUGACUCUACCAUUGCUGUGGUUGUUUAUGACAUCACCAAUCUAAAUUCAUUCCAGCAAACCUCAAAGUGGAUCGACGAUGUUAGAACAGAGAGAGGAAGUGAUGUCAUUAUCAUGCUUGUUGGGAACAAAACAGACUUGGCGGAUAAAAGGCAAGUUUCUGUUGAGGCGGCAGAGAGGAAAGCUCGUGAGCUCAAUGUGAUGUACAUAGAGACCAGUGCCAAGGCUGGCUAUAACGUCAAACAGCUGUUCCGUCGUGUUGCUGCCGCAUUGCCAGGGAUGGAUAGCACACCGGAGAAAAGCAAAGAGGACAUGAUCGACAUCAAACUGGAGAAACAGCCAGAGAUGACUGUCACCGAGAGCAGCUGCUCAUGCUAGUACACCUCACCCCCGCCUGUGUCCUCCCCACCAACAGCUUGUCUCUCAGUGGCCACUCUCCCCACCCUUGGCGCAUUGCCAUUGGGAUGGAGGACCUGUCUUUUUUUCCCUUUUCAACUCAGUGACUUUUCAGAGUAUCCGUGUGGAUGUGCAUUACUGUAUUGAAGCAGAUUAUCUGGGGGAAAAAAUGUUUUAAAAAGUAAACGGUUAAAACAAGGAUUAAGUUCAAUGAUAUGUUGAGAUUUUCAUCCAGUUGCAUGGCAUUAUAUAGGACUGCCGACCGUCAUAGCUAACCGCUCUUGAGUUCUUGCACAGUUCAGAAUCUUAGUGCUGUUACUCUCGUCAUUGUUGUAAAGUAAAACUGCUUGGGAUUUAUUUUUAAUGACUCUGCAAGGUUGAGUUAUCAGCCCGUUGUAUUUAACUUUUUUUGAUUUAAUUAUCUAAGAUAUUGUACAUCUCAGAUACCUUUUCCUUUUUUAUACUUUGUCUUAUUUUGAGGGAGAAGAGACAGGAUCUUACCGGCGAAAUUUACAUCAUUGUUAAUCAUCAUGUUACCACACUUGGCUUAAAGGAAUCCUCUUUAUUGAGGAGGGUUAAUGGUCCAUUUAUUAGCUAUAGUUUUUAUCUAAUACAUCUGCCAGCUUGAACUGACUAAUACAACAGCAUGUUAGCAGACAAAAUUUAUGAUUUGAGGUUUAUUUAAAAGGUGGCCGCAAAAGGGAUGUGUAACCAAGUUAUAUUCAUUUUGAUUUUAAAGGCAAGCCAUCCCAAGCUCAUUAGAAUGGCUACUAACUUUCAGCUAUCUCUUUAUUAGAACUACAGCGAUGGUCUUUCCUAUGUUUAAUAGGCUGCACGCAUACUAACACGCCAAAAGAGCAGUUUUCCGUCAUUAGAUGCCCCCAAGGUUUGAAAUAAAAAGAGCCAGUGUUCAGUUUAGGUCAACGCUGAUGGAAAGUUGUCACUUUGGAGGUUCUGACGCACCCACCAUCUCAUCGAUCACUUGUGUUGUGUCGAUUACACUAUUGCAAGAACAUGCAGCAUGCUCACCAUGCAGGAUUUCUAUGGAUAAGAACACAGAUGCCUUGCUUGUUUGUUCACCAACUUUGUGCACUGAAUCAAGCCACAAUAUUGUAAAAAUAUAAAAGAAGCCUGCUGACUGGUUCAUGGCUUCACUCGUUGUUUUGUAGAGCUGGUAGAUAAAGAGUUUGUCCUCAGAUUCAGCCGACGCUUACUAACAAACUUGCUGUAGAAAGUGCAGAGAGUUAGUUGCAGUAACCUUUUUGCUGUAUUGCUAUUGGCUGUGCAGGACUGUUGGGUUUUUGUGUUUAUUUAUUUUGUAACUUGGACAUAAAGAUGACAUUGUACGCUCGACCAAAAGUGCAGACGCUGACACGCAUGUUAAAAGUUUAUUUUAUUUAUUUUUUGCGUGUCUGCUGCGACCCCAACUAAAGGCAACAUUGAGGCCUGGUAAUGUUUUGUUUUCCGUCACGCUGCAAAGAAUCACUUGUUUGUGUAGUCGGUAGUUUGGUUUACAGUCACAGGUGGAGGCUGCAGGGUCUCCAGGCACACACACACUCACCCGAACACACACACACACAAACACACAACACAAACCAACUGUUCAUAGCACAACAAAAGACACUGGUCGUUUGCUGUAGCUUGUUUUGAGAUGAUGGCGUUUUAAAAAUGGAUUUAAAAAUUCAGUAUUUAAUUACAUUAAACAACCAUUUUAACAUGAGCAGCUCUUCUAUUACUUGUCACUGAUUAAAUACUCAGCUUUGUGCUCUUCUGAAUUGUGUCUGUCCAUUUGAAAUAUGCUGUCUACUCGUGUUUAGCAAUGUUUGUGUGAAUAAUGUUCUAUUACUAUCUGAUGUAUAAAAAGGAGAGUUAAUGAAACACAAGUGUAGACCUAUCACGUGGAAUUAAAUAAAGACAUUUCACCAAAACAUCAA